GCCCUGUGGCUCAGGGACCUCUUGGAAGAAGCGCUUUCCGGUAGGCGACAGGCUUUGAAGAUUAAAUGACCUCAAAGGAAUAGCUGAGGGGCGUAUAUGACCUCAAAGGAAUAGCUGAGGGGCAUCUGAGUUUAGAAGAUAGCUCUCUCAUCUCCCGGUGGGAUGUCAGAAGACUGCAAGAGUAUUGUUUUCCCUCAUACUGCUGGUCCGUAGUCAGAUAACUCCGAUUUACCCUGACAGGAGUUCUAAGAGCUCCAUGUCUCUUUGAUCAAGUCCCAAGAAGAUACAUUUUCAUUUUCUUAAAGGAAAGGCACAGAGUUGUAGCCACUGGUAAUUACCAUCAUGGAGAGCAAGAGCCAUAACAACCUUCAGGAGAGACCCACACCCUCCAGCAAGGGGAGGGCAUCAGUGGAGGACAACCAGUUGAUCAAAGCGGUUGAAAAAGAAGACAUCAAGCUGGUUCAGCAAUUGCUGGAAGGAGGGGCUGAUGUCAAUUUCCAGGAAAAGGAGUGGGGCUGGUCACCGUUGCAUAAUGCGGUACAAAGUGGCCAGGAGGACAUGCUACAUCUUCUGUUUCGUUACGGCGCUAAUCCUUGUCUGAGGAAGAAGAAUGAGGCCACUCCCUUCAUCAUCGCUGGGAUUGGAGGAAAGGUGAAGGUGCUCGAACUUUUACUUUCUAAAGGUGCAGAGGUCAAUGAGUAUGAUGCUAAUGGCUUCACAGCUUUCAUGGAAGCUGCUGUGAAUGGUAAAGUCGAAGCCUUAAGAUUCCUGUAUAAGAGUGGGGCAAAGGUGAAUUUGAGUCGAAGGACAAAGGAGGAUCAAAAGAGGCUUAGAAAAGGAGGGGCCACAGCUCUAAUGGAUGCUGCUGAAAAUGGACAUGUAGAUGCCUUGAAGGUCCUCCUUGAUGAGAUGGGGGCAGAUGUCAAAGCCCGUGACAACAUGGGCAGAAAUGCUUUGAUCUAUGCACUUAGGAACUCUGAUGAUAGAAAGGUGGAGGUCCUCACUCGCCUUCUGCUGGACCAUGGGGCUGAUGUCAAUGUGAGGGGAGAGAAAGGGAAGACACCCCUGAUCCUGGCAGUGGAAAAGAAGCACUUGGGUUUGGUGCAGAUGCUUCUGGAACAAGAGCAUAUAGAGAUUAAUGACACAGACAGUGAGGGCAACACAGCACUUCUGCUGGCUGUCCAACUCAAACUGGAAGAAAUUGCUCAACUGUUAUGUGAGAAAGGAGCCAGCACAGACUGUGGAGAUCUUGUUAUGAUAGCGAGGCGCAACUAUGACAGUUCCCUUGCAAAGUUUCUUCUCCUUCAUGGAGCCAGAGAAGAUUUUCACUCUCCUGCUGAAGACUGGAAGCCUCAAAGCUCACGUUGGGGGGAGGCCUUGGAACAUCUCCACAGAAUAUACCGCCCUAUGAUUGGAAAACUCAAGAUCUUUAUUGAUGAGGAAUAUAAAAUUGCUGACACUUCUGAAGGGGGUGUCUACCUGGGGUUCUAUGAAGGGCAGGAAGUAGCUGUGAAACGCUUCUAUGAAGGCAGCACACAUGGACAAAAGGAGGUCUCCUGUCUGCAGAGCAGCCGAGCAAACAGUGACUUGGUGACGUUCUAUGGGAGUGAGAGCCACAAGGACUGUCUGUAUGUGUGCCUUGCCCUCUGUGAGCAGACACUGGAGGAACACUUGGAUAAGCACAGAGGGGAGGCUGUGGGAAAUGAGGAAGAUGAAUUUGCCCGGCAUGUCCUUUUCUCUGUAUUUAAGGCUGUGGAAGAACUACAUCUACUGUGUGGAUACACUCAUCAGGAUCUGCACCCCGGAAACAUCUUAAUAGAUUCCAAGAAUGCUGUUUGCCUGGCAGAUUUCGAUAAAAGCAUCAAGUGGGGUGGAGAGCCACAGGAAAUCAAGACAGAUCUAGAGGCCCUUGGACUGCUGGUCCUAUAUGUGGUAAAGAAGGGAGACAUCCCUUUUGAAACCCUGAAGACUAAAAGUAAUGAAGAGGUGAUUCAACUUUCUCCAGAUGAGGAAACUUGUAACCUCAUUCAUCACCUGUUCAACCCUGGAGAAAAUGUGAAGGAGCAUCUGAGUGGCCUGCUGGGUCAUCCCUUCUUUUGGAGUUGGGAGAACCGCUAUAGGACCCUUAGGGAUGUGGGAAAUGAAUCGGACAUUAAAAUGCGAAAAUGUAACAGCAGGAUUGUCCAACUACUGCAACUUGAAAUGUCUGAAUGUUCCAGAAGUUUUGCCCAGUGGACUUCUAAGAUUGACAACUACGUUAUGCAAGAAAUGAAUAAGUAUUAUGAAAACAAACGCAAACGUUAUAAGAAUACUGUGAGUGAUCUGUUAAAGUUCAUCCGGAAUUUGGGAGAACAUAUUAAUGAAGAAAAAAACAAAGAGAUGAAGUCGAGAAUUGGAGAACCUUUCCAGUAUUUGCAGGAGAAAUUUCCCGAUCUGGUCAUCUAUGUCUACACGAAACUACAGAACACAGAAUACAAAAAGCAUUUUCCCAAAACCCUCAAUCCCAGCAAGCCUUAGUGUGAUAGAGGUCAUCCCUGAGUGGUGGCUGAGCUUUUAGAGUUCAGGGAGGUACUUACUUAGCUGUGAUCUGGGGCAAGUCACAACUCUCUGUCUGGGUCUCUUAACUAACCUGGUUGUUUGCGGGGAUGUUAGAUAGCGGGUAUAUCAGGCCCUGACACAGUGCCCAGUUUUCCCACAUGUUUACAACGAAAAAAUGUAUAUGCUCAAACUACCUUCCUUGUCUUUUUUAUGGAUAAAGCUUAGUGGUAGGAGCUGGGAGGGCAUCCUGCUAAGAUUCCUCUUGUCAGUUACACCCCAGGAGUUGAGUGGCUACACCUGUAAUGCUUCUAUGUUUUACCUUGAUUGUCUCAUUUAAUUCUGCCAACGACCUUGCAAGACAGGGUUUAUUAUCUCCAUUUAAGAACUGGCAGACCUGAGAUUCAGAGAGUUUGAAUUACUUGCCCCAAGAUCAUACAACUUGCAUAGAGCACUGUAUAAAUGCAUGUCGUGUUAUUGUUAUCACUUACUUGGGUAUUUAGAACUUAAUCACUAGCCCAGGGAUCUUCUGGAUGGAUCCCCAAAGGAAUAUGCCAAAGGGACUCCAGAAAGCUCAUUCACUCAUUUACUCCACUUAUGCAUGCAUUCAUUCAUUCAAUAUUUGUUGAACACCUAGUAUAAGACCAGACACUAAUUGUAUGAAUUCCAUUCCUUCUAGAACCACCUACAUUGGUUUUCCAUGACCUCAAGGCAGUAGUUCUCAACUGGGGGCAGUUUUGCCCCUCAGGGACCAUUUAGCAUCAUCUGGGGAUGUUUUUGGUUUUAAAUCUGGGAGAUAGGGCAUGUUAUUGUCAUCAGAUAGAUGGAGGUCAGGGAUGAUGCCAAACAUUCUAUAAUGCACAGGAUAGCCCCCCACAACAGAGAAUUAUCCAGCCUAAAAUAUCAGUGGUACCAAGACUGAGAAACUCUGCCUCAAGGAAUUGGGACACUUUUGAACUGGCUUGGGGACUAGGACCAUGGAUUGUGUAGACCACCUCACAGAGGAGUGACUUGGAUUUAUUUUCUUGCUUUUGGAUUUGUAGUGAAACAAUUCCAGUGUCACCUCCCCAGAAAGCCCCCUGAGCCCCCCCCACCCUCCAUCCCCCAGUCUGAGUGCUCUUUCUGGCCCCCUAGCACCCAUAACCAGAGCAUGCUUCUCUCCACCUUGAGCUUGCUUCUUCCUCACUGGAAUGUAAGCUUUCAAGGACCAGUGAUAUUUAUAAUGUUUAUUUAUUUAUUUUGAGAGAGAGAGUGAGUAUAAGUGAGGGAGGGACAGGGCUCAGCGUGGAGCUCGAUGUGGGGCUCGAUCCUACAACCAUGAGAUCCUGAUCAGAGCCGAAAUCAAGUGUUGGACACUUAACUGACUGAGCCACCCAAGCACCCCAAUAUAUAUUUUUUGAUUUGUAUCAUUAGUGCCUAGCAAAAUGUCUGCCAUAUGGUAGCAUUCAAUAGUCACUGAAAAAUGAAUGAACCAUCUUUAUAAAUGAAUAAUAAUGUUACCUUACAUUUUAAUCGUGCUUUAUAAUUUAUAAAUUACACCCACAUAUUUUCUCUUUUAGUUUUCAAAAUUAUCCUGUAAGGUAGGUGUUGUUAUCUUCAUUUUGCAGAUGAGGAUAGAGACAUAUUGAUUUACUCUAAUACAUAGCUAGAAAGUAUCACUGUCUUGAUUUGAACAUAUUUUCUGGCAUUAAGUCUGAUGUAUUUUCCACUUAUCCUCGUUCUGGUGGUCAAGGUGGAGCCUUGUAAUGGGAGGAACUGGGGAUAAAACAGUAUCUUAGGUUCUUUCUGAAGAGAUGACGACAGUAAAUGAAGUUAAGAAGAGUUGGAAGUCAAACUAAACAUAAUUGACACUGAUGUCCUCCACUCUCACCUAUGAUUGCAUGGAUCAUCCUCUCCUUGCUUAAAAAAAAGGUACUGGAAGAAAGAAACUUAAGGCUGUUCUGUAAGGUUUUAGGAGAAGCAAGAUUGCCUUAGAUUUUAAAAUUAAGGUUUGUUUUUCUGAUUUGUAGUAAGUACCUGGUUAUGUCAAUCAAAAUGCCCAUUUGUAAAGCAUAGUCAAUAAAACUUGGAGUCAUCUUA